AUUGAAGCAAACACCAAUUAAAAUCGAACCAAUCCUCUUCCUCCUCCUCAUCCUCCCCCUUCCGGUAUGAAAUUCCCCCAAUUUUGAAUGGAAAACCUAACCCUAGCCCCUAAAAUUACCCCGUCCUCCUAUCCAUCCUCCAAAUGCGGCCUUCUUCCUCUUCCCCAUUCCCCAAUUUACACUUUCUCCACCAUCUUCUUUGCUUUCGCUGGGGGUUGACCUAUUAAGUAUUAACCUUCCUCCACCACCCGCCUCCAUUUUUCCUCUCUCUCUCUCUCUCUCUCUCUCUCUCUCUUGGUUAUAAGUUUAUGGACAGACUAUAGUACUGCUUCUUACUCCUGUCUCCUUUGUAUUUCUUCUUUCUUUCUGUAUCUUUAAUCUUUCUUUAUUUGUCAUUAGUAAGACGUAAAAUUAUACACAGAUUGAGAGAGUGAGAGAUAGAGAAAGAGAGAGAUGUUGUAGAGUACAAUUUAGUCAUCAGAGUCUAUUAGGAUCAGUCUGUCGGGAGUGCUUCAUAAUAUAGGAUCAGUCAGUCAGGACUCCGUAGCGAAGUCUAUAGUAAGUGUAUAGUUUGUAAUUAGAAAAAAAAAACCAAUUUUUUUUUUAAUUGCUAGUAAUUGUAGUUCAGCUAUAGAUUGCAUAAAUACAUAGAUACAUCUAUAACUAUUUACCAUAUAAUCAUUACUCUAUUGAGCCAGCUCCAGCUACUUAAGACUGGAGAGCAAUGGGUAGCUCAGAAACAGGAGCCGGAGCUGAUUGCAGCAUUGGGAGUAUAGUUUGGGUCCGAAGACGAAACGGGUCUUGGUGGCCCGGUAAAAUACUCGGACCUGACGACCUAUCGGCUUCUCAUGUUAUGUCUCCGCGAUCUGGAACUCCUGUCAAACUUCUUGGCCGAGAAGACGCCAGUGUAGACUGGUAUAAUUUGGAGAAGUCAAAGCGUGUGAAGGCAUUUCGAUGUGGUGAGUUUGAUGACUGUAUUGAAAGGGCCGAAGCUUCCCAAGGUAUGCCUCCAAAGAAGAGAGAGAAAUAUGCACGUAGAGAAGAUGCAAUACUUCAUGCUCUUGAACUUGAGAGGCAAAUGUUGGAGAAAAAAUGUGGAAAAGUAGGUUCUUCUACUAAUGAUGAGGCACCAUACUGUCUGAGGAAAGAUUUGGUGACAACUUCAGAGAAAUCAGAGACUGGAAAACAAAAAAUUUUGCAACCAGAAACUGAUCAAGUUUGUCAGAGUCAUUGUCUAUCUGCCAAGGAUAAGGCUGUGAGCCAAACUAUUUGUCUAGAGAGAGUCAAAGAAGAAAAUCAAAUAACUGUUGAUGAUGACAAUUCUGCUGUGCCACCCAGGAUGAGAGGUUUGCAGGACCUUGGUCUGCGUGCUGUGCCUUCUAAUCUUAAGGCUUCUCCUUCAUUGUUUCCAAAUGGUUCUCACAAGCCUUUAUUUGAUAGCAGUGCUGUGGCUCAUUGUAAUGAUGAUGGUCUUGGCACAGAAGACAUGGCUAAUGCCGAUUUUGAAAAUUCAUCUGACAAAAGAAAAAGGCUGUACGAUGGUUUAGAUGAGGACUCUCUUGCCAAGAGGCGUGAGAGGCGCCGUCCUCUUCUUCAAGUGCUGGAGGAUAGUACAGAGGUACUUGUGCCUCAUUCUAAGGCUGAUGGUAGUUCUAAUAUUACCUCUAUGUCCGAAUAUCAGAAGCCAGGGGGUACAAUUGGUGUAACCAGGAACAGAUACACUUGUUUGCAACCUACAGAUUUGUGCAAAGAAGAUAACAUGCGGUCUGCAGAGGAUACUGAAACUGAUUCUUCGGAGACCGAUUCUAUGGAUUCUGAUACAGAUGAGCUGGCUUCACUUUCAGAAGGUGCUGCAUCUAUUGAGUUGCAACCAAAAUAUCCUCGAAGAUCUGAAGUACUAGCAGAAAGUAGAAGCGUAAGCAGUGAAGAACUAGAUGACUUGGCACUUGGAGAUGAUUUAACUCAUCCUUGUAGUAUUGACCCUGCAUUACAUAGUACGGGCAUGUCCAGAUGGCAGCUUAAGGGAAAGAGGAGUCUGCUAAAAAGGCCCGUUGAUGGAGCAGACAGAAAUUUGUCCUGGGGAUCCAUUGAGGAAACAACACCUUUUGAAUUGGAAACAAAUGGCCGAGCUGAAAAUUACUUGGUCGAGAAGAAUUCUACGCAUAAGAUGGCUGGAUAUGGGUCUAGAGGUCCAGAUGGUAUAAGCCGCAGAACCAUGCAGUGGCAGCACUGUGAUUGGAAUGACCAACAAUACUGGGAGGACUCGGGCAAGUACUUUGCUCCCGUCUUUCUUGGUCAUCACCAUGAUGGUAGCAGGGUUAUGUUGAUAGAUGUCGAUUUGAAUGUCCAAUCAAGCUAUCAAAGACAGCAUGUCAAAUCAGGCAAUCAAAGACAGCAUGUCCCUAUGAUCUCAUUGAUGAGUAAGAUAAAUGGGCAGGCUAUAGUAGGGUAUCCCGUCCAAGUUGAAGCUCUAGAAAAUGGAUCAUCUGAGUCUGUCCUUGCAGAAACUGAUGAUUGGGGUCCUGAAACACCAGGAAAUGAAACAGCACUUCCACCAACAUGGAGGACUGCUCGGAGGACAGCAAAUUUUCGGGUCCCACGGCCAGAUCUAUCUUCAACAUGUGAUGAAAGUGCCAAGCAUCUUCAAUUUGUUGAUGGAAGAAGAGGGUGCUCAGGGAAAUCAGAUGCAGGAACUUUUGGUCACAAGGGAGGCAUAAUGGAAAAGCACACAAGUAGCAUUCCAGUAGAUAGAAAAUCCUCAAGGAAGCCAUUAAAGAAAAUAAGCCUAUCUUCGAAUCAAAAGAUUAGAACACUUUCAUCAAUCGCCUCUCAACAGAAACAAAGUAUUGAUCGUAGACAGAGCAGCAAUAAUUUUCAAGUGGAUGGGCUGAAACCAGAGUUGGUGUCCACAGCUGUAGCUUGUAUUCCAGUUAAACUAGUGUUCAGUAGGUUACAAGAGGAGUUGGUUGGCCGCCAUCCAUGAUAAUGGUUUUGGAAUUUCUCUAUGGCAAUGGAGAUGGCAAUACAGACAGCAAUAGCUAAUAGGUACAUGUAAAUUUUUAGGACAUCAAUAAUCUCAUACCCAUAUAUGCAGCUAUUUGUUGCUAUAUAUAUAUAUAUAUAUUUUUUGGGAAAUAUAGGCCUCAUAUAUUUGCCCUGUUUCUGCUGUCUUAUUAAAGUUUCUGUAGCAGGCCUUGAACUACAGAUUGACGCAAGAUGUAUGGUAAAUGACAUAUAUUAGGUGACUUUAGUUCAGGAUGAUGAGAUGAUACAGCUAUUUUUACAUGGUCUUUGUUGAAACAAGGUCGAAAGCUCGCCUGUACGAGUAGAACUCACAAAAGUAUAGAAAUGGUAAUUCACGAGUAUACAUUAUUGUAUUUUCA